AGGCGUGACAAAGUGGAUCGGACCCGAUCGAUAUCUCAGUGCCGUCUUUUCUCCCGUCGCCUCAAAAGCUCGGAGGAGGGAGAAAAGAAGAAACCACCUGUCGAGCUCCGCUGCCGUUCGAUCGAUCCCGCACCCAAGAACCAGGGAAGAAGGGAGGAAGGGAUCCAGGAUCCCUCGAUCGAUCUCCCGCAAGAACCUGGGAGGGAGAGAUAGGCAAGAAAUCGGAGAACGAUGUGGGAAUCGAUUAUGCUGACGCUGAUUGCGACGGCGGGGAACAACAUUGGAAAGGUUCUCCAGAAGAAGGGCACCGUCAUCCUCCCUCCCCUCUCCUUCAAGCUCAAGGUGAUCAGAGCUUAUGCUUUCAACAAACAAUGGCUUAUAGGCUUUGUCAUGGAUAUAUUUGGUGCACUAUUGAUGUUAAGGGCAUUGUCUCAAGCUCCGGUUUCUGUUAUACAACCUGUUUCUGGUUGUGGACUUGCUAUACUUUCUGUCUUCUCUCAUUUUUAUCUCAAAGAGGUGAUGAAUGCUCUUGAUUGGCUGGGCAUUGCCUUGGCUGGUGUUGGCACAAUAGGGGUUGGCAUUGGAGGGGAGGAGCAGAAUGUUUCUGCGGUCUCCCUUUUCCGUUUACCUUGGCUGGUUUUCUCAGUUGCCAUCUUGUUUAUAAUCUUGAAUGCGUGGCUUCACAUCUACAAUAGUCAACGGCGGGGGCAGGAGCUUAUGGAAUCUGAAGUUGUGGAGGAGAUUAUAUUUGGCUUGGAAUCAGGCAUUCUAUUUGGGAUGGCAUCUGUAAUAUCAAAAAUGGGAUUUUUGUUCUCAGAGCAGGGCUUCUCUAAGGUUGUGGUUCCUGUAUGCAUUUCAAUCAGUAUAUGCUGUAGUGCCACUGGAUUUGUUUAUCAGACCCGAGGCCUAAAGCAUGGGAGGGCUAUUGUGGUAUCUACAUGUGCAGCUGUGGCAUCUAUUUUGACUGGCGUGCUAGCUGGUAUGCUUGCCCUGGGUGAAGAUAUGCCUUCAGCACCUCUUGCUCGUCUCUCUCUCUUGCUUGGAUGGUCGUUUAUCACUGCUGGGGUAAUUCUUCUUGUAUGCUCAACUCGACUGAUGGGACUGCUACCUAGGCCUAUUCGACACGUUUUGAAAAGUAACCUUGAGAGGCAUCACAAUCUUAGGCGGUCUGGCUCAUUCCGGGUUAAAGAUACAAGCCCACCAAGUGCAGUUAUCCAUGCAUCAACAUUGCAUCAUCUGAUAACAUCCCCGGCAAAAGAAAAGGCCUAGAGAAGUUAUGAGAAGCCAGACUUACCUUUUGAUGUCUUCGGCAUAUCAUCUCAGAGUCUCAUUGGUUUUCAACACCUGUAAACAUCUUGUUAACUUGUCAGCAUUCAUGAUUAAAGAUGUAAAAUCAACUGGGUUUUUUCUUGAUCAGGCUCCCUGUUCCAUUCAUGAUUGUUUUUGUAGCCUCCACCUCAUUUGAGUUUGUCUUGGGGCUCAGCCUGUUGGCUGCUAAAGCAAUGCACCUCCAUACAUCUGUAAUUAUGGUAUCUGAGAUCCUUUUUUUUCUUCUUCUUUUGAUUUUUUUUUAAAAAAAACAGUAUGAGUUUUCUUAGUUCCA